CGGACUCUCAAGUCCCGACAGGAGCGGGUCAGAGGCGCAGCCUGAAGCCGCCAUGGAGCAGCCCAGGAAGGCAGUGGUGGUGACGGGGUUUGGCCCUUUUGGGGAACACACGGUGAACGCCAGCUGGAUUGCAGUCCAGGUGCAGUUAUUCUUGGGCCCACUUUCUGGAUGAGAAAACUGAGUCCCAGAGUUAUCCAAGAUCAUCCAGCCCAGAAACCAGAGUGGCCUUGCUUCAGAAGUGUCCCAUGCUCCAACCAGGUUUUGGGGGGGACCAGGUGAGGAAACUGAGGCUCAGAGAGGUUAAGUGACUUGCCCAAAGUCACACAGGAGCUGGAGAAGCUGGGGCUCGGUGACAGUGUGGACCUGCAUGUGUAUGAGAUUCCAGUGGAGUACAAGACAGUCCAGAGGCUCAUCCCCGCCCUGUGGGAGAAGCACAGUCCACAGCUUGUGGUACAUGUGGGGGUGUCAGGCAUGGCGACCGCAGUCACACUGGAGAAAUGCGGGCACAACAAAGGUUACAAGGGGCUGGACAACUGCCGAUUCUGCCCUGGCUCCCAGUGCUGUGUGGAGGAUGGGCCUGAAAGCAUUGACUCUAUCAUCGACAUGGACGCUGUAUGUAAGAGGGUUACUACACUGGGCCUGGAUGUAUCGGUGACCAUCUCACAAGAUGCCGGCAGGUACCUCUGUGACUUCACCUACUAUACCUCUCUGUACCAGAGUCACGGCCGCUCAGCCUUUGUUCACGUGCCCCCUCUGGGCAAGCCAUACAACGCGGACCAGCUGGGCAGGGCGCUUCAGGCCAUCAUCGAGGAGAUGCUGGACGUCCUGGAGCAAUCAGAAGGCAAAAUCAACUGUUGCCACAAACACUGAGAGCCAUUCAGGCCUCCCAAGACCUCAUCCUGCCAGGGACCCUGGGAGAGACGUCCACCUGCAGGGGCCUGACCUGAAACGAAAAGCCUGUCAGCUGGGGAUCCAAUUUGAAUGGAAUUUGCCAGCUUAGCACUCACUUCCUCUCCCUUUCUCUCUGCAAAAGCACCAGUUGAUUUGAAGGGGGCAGCUGGAGAUUUUUUUCCAUCUAUUUCUCUUUGCGUCUGGGGAUGCAGCUGUGGCAGCCAGGAAGCCAGGAGGUCCUGAGGUCCUGAUUUCUGCAGAGAACCCUAAUCAGGUGGCGCUCCACUCUGCAAUCCCAUGGCUGGGGCCACCUGCUUUUCUAAGUCUGUGUUGGAGGGAUUCCGGAGUUCCCUCUGUCUGGGACUGGUUUUGUCAAAAUUUAAAAGCUUUAUGAAAAGUCUUUACCCUGAUCUAUGUCCCAACAGCCUGGACUUCCCCAACUAGGGCCGCCUUGGGAUGUCAUGGGUUCUUUUCUUUCUUUUUUAUUCUCUUUUUAAAAACAAUAGCGCUAGUUUGGGCAGAGUAAUUUAUAUUCCCUUUGGUUAAAACGUGGGCUCUAGCGAAACACAGAAGUGUCUUUUGUGGGGUGUGGCCCCUUCUGCCUCCUGCCCCAAACACUGGACCUACAUCUUUGUUUGGGGGCUGACACUGAGAUCCCCUCGCUGGGGGCUGGGGGUGCUGGCCCAUGGCCAGAACACAGGGAGGGGCUGGGUAGCUGCUGCCCCAGGAGAUUGAAAGAGUUGGUUGAUCCUUUCAACAACAGAGCUGUGAGCUGUACCCACAGGGCCUCCGGAGCUGGGCGCCAGCGGGAAGGCAGACUGUCAUUUCAACGUGCAUGUGACUUUUUUUUCUUAACACGUAAAAAUGUGUAGCAGCUGCAAACCUACCCCACAUCUGGCCUGGGUUUUCAGUUUUGGUGCUGGGGACCAGCUUCUUGUUUUCCUUCAGCAGUGGGGUGCCCAAAAGGGAGUCUGGGGGCUGAGCUCCAUGUGUGCUGGUGUGUUUGAACAGGAGGGCAGCCACAAGCUUUUAUGUAGAUGGUUUUGGGACCCAGGACUAGGUAAAUUUUUAUCUCACUCCCUGGGGUGACUUGGAAUUUACUAGCCAGGAAUGAGAGUCACAACCCCCAGGAGGCAACUGAGUUCACCUGGACCUUGACACCCAUCAGAGAGAGGGAGUGGCAGCAGCAACCAUGAGGAAAAUCCACGUCUGGGAAAUAGUCUUCUUUUUUUUUGGAGAACACGCAGUUUUAUCAUCUCCCUAAGUGUGAGGCAUGCUGGGAUCUGACGCUGUUUGGAUCCUGUUGGUGUUUCCCAGCAUGGAGUUCUUCUGAAAACAGCUGAGAUUUUUGUUUUGUUUUGUUUUCUUAAACACUCACCCUCUUUACCUCCUGUUCCGAUGCCCAGGGUAGUUCUUGCCUCUGCUGAGCUGCUGUGUUGCUUGGAAACCAGGUUAAUGGGUUUCUGAGUUAAAUGCAUUUCUGAGUCCUGGACUUUCUCUGGGCGGGAGGAAAUGUGUGCAGGUGGGUGACUUGGGGUCAGCAUGUGGCAGUUAGCGUGGAUGGUGGCUGGCAGGGUGAAAUGAUCAGGACCCCCCAAGUCAGCCCUCCCUCUGCCAGAAAUGCCUCCCUCACAUCCCCAGUCCUAGUCUGCUGUCUCCUGAGAAAUCUGGAAUGUGGGUUAUCAUUGCUUCUACUCGCUCAGCUGGCUUCUGUGAGCAGAGGUUGUGGCUCUUUUGAAUAUGGGAGGCUCAAAGCCAGAGGGUCCGCCAGAUGUCUUAUUCAGAUUGACAUCAAGCUCUGUCUAGCUCGGUUCCCUAAAGGUCUGAUCUGUGGGGCUCUGAGGAGGAAAUGGAUCCAGGCAAAUUGGAGAGGGGAGGGGGGAACUGGAAGUGAGCCAGGUUUGAGCUUAGCUGGAACCCAGACACACCAUCUCCAGACUCUGCAUUUUUAUCUUUCUUUUGUCCUCAUUUCUCUCUGUUUAAAGCACCGUGUGAUUUAGCAACUUAGAGAUAUAACUUAUUGUCUGAUCAUUGUCGAGUGUGUGUGUGUCAUUUUUAUGUUCCUGCAAUGGUUUUAGAUUUCCUCAUCAAGUCAAGCUGGAACCCUGUCCUUGUUCACGAUACAGAGCAUAUUGCUUGUUUUUAUUUAAUCAGACAGUCAUUAAACAUUUCAUUCGCUCCCUG